UGAAACCGGGAGGAAGGAGGGUUUUGGGUCGCGGGAGUCGUGCAGUUAUGUCACCUCAGUUACGCAGGGGGCAAAAUGGUUUCCUUUCGUAUCUUCCGCCAGCCCUCGAUCCAGAUACUGCCCUUAUCGCAGUCGGUCAUUUUUGAAGAGCCCGAUCUGCUUCUUAGUCGGGGCGGCGAUGCACAGCCGUCCUAAGCCACCCUCUCAGCCCUUCCCAGCCGUAUUACUAGGAUAACAAACUUGCAAGGACAAGUUGUUUUUAAAUGUUUAAAAAACUUAUUUAAAAUACAGCACAAACUCUCUGGGACCCGAUCACAGCUUCGCCCAAACUUCCCAUUUCUCAGUUGCUUCCGAACCUCGGGUGGCUGAGACGGGGGGGAUGGAGUAUUGAAAAUAACCAGGAAGUUUCGUCUCUAUAGACAGUUUGAUUGUGACGCUAGAAUUGACUCCUUGGUUCCACCCACAGCCUACCAUAAAAGGGGAUCUUUUAUAAAAAAUCUUUCCAUUUCUCUAUGGCGGAGGGAAGGCAGCAAGCAAGGAGGAGGGGCAAAUGGAUCAGGAAAUGAAGUGAAGCUGAGAGAGUAGAUUAAUUUUCUUUCACUGCUUUUCCUGAGAAGAGGACUUGGUUUUCCCGGUCUGUUUCUUUAAAGCGAGAUUUUGGCAGGACAUAUGGGCAGUUAUGGAUGAUGAUAAUAAUUGUAGCUGUACACAAGGAGCCACAACUACUGAGGCACUCUUCUCCUUUGGAGUCAUAGCAGAUAUUCAGUAUGCGGAUCGAGAAGAUGGCUAUGAUUUCUGUGGACUGAACAGGCGAUAUUAUAAGCAUAGCCUAUGCCACCUCCAGAGUGCAAUCGAAGACUGGAAUAGAACAGAUGUUCAGUUCGUAUUACAAUUUGGGGACAUCAUUGAUGGCUGCAAUGCUGAACUUAAGAUGUCAGAGACAGCACUGGGAAGAGUCUUGGAAGAAUUUAAGAAGCUCAAGGCCCCAGUCCAUCAUAUAUGGGGCAACCAUGAAUUUUACAACUUCAGCAGAGACUAUCUAGUAGAUUCUGCACUGAACACCAAGUACUUACAAGAACAGACUUUUCUUAGCAAUUCUUAUAGAGACCAGAGUUCCACUGGAGACAAUGCUUCAGAAUUCUAUUAUGCAUAUCAAUUUUGCCCGAUGUCUAAAUUUCGAUUCAUCAUCCUUGAUGCUUAUGAUAUAAGUAUUCUGGGGAGGGACACAUCUACCAAAAAAUAUCAAGAUUCUCUAAAACUACUGCGAGAAAAAAAUCAAAAUGAGAAUCUGAAUAGUCCAUUAGGUCUUGUUGAAUGUCAUUUUGUGCAGUUCAAUGGAGGAUUCAGUCAAGAACAGCUGGGUUGGCUUGAUGAAGUCCUUACAUAUGCUGACAAAAAUCAAGAAAGAGCUGUAAUUAUGGGGCACAUACCCAUCCACCCCAAUUCUACAAGCGAUGUCAGCCUGGCUUGGAAUUAUAAAGAUGCCCUUUCUGUCAUCCACUCGCAUCACUCUGUGGUGUGCUAUCUUGCAGGCCACCUUCAUUUUGGUGGAUACUGUUUAGACUCUUAUGGAGUUCACCAUGUUACUCUUGAUGGCAUUAUAGAAACUCCCCCAGAAAGCCAUGCUUUUGGAACUAUACAUGUCUAUCAUGACAGGAUGGUAUUGGAAGGAAGAGGAAGGAUUCUAGAUCGAGUGAUGCAUUACAAAGGACUGCAAACUAACCAUCAGGAUAUUGUAAUGUGCUCUGCAGAUAUGUCCAAAUGAGGUAGGCGGGGUGUGUGACAGUAAAAUUCAAAUGAAAAUCCAGACAGAUUGCUCAGAG